AUGCCUAAUAAAUCUUUUGAGAGAAACAUAUUCUGUAUUCAAUUAAAAGUAAUCUAGUUUUAUAAUAUCUGUAAUAAACAUAAAUAAUUUUGUUUAAUUAGAGAAAUGAUAAAGCACAGAGGAUUGUUUACUUCCUGCAUGAAUAAUUUGAAAUUGAGAACGUAAUUGAUAAUAUUGGUUUCGUUAAUUAUCAUUGUGAUUGUCUCAUAUGUUCUUUCAGUAAAUCUAAUCCAUUACUCUUUGUUAAAAAAGUAUUUUUCCUCGAUUUCAAAUAAAAUAUUUGAAGAUAACUCGUCCAAAAUAUCAGAAAAAACUAUUAGAUCAUACGAAGGUUAUUUUGAUAGAGUCUUUUACUUAAACGGGAACGGCCUCGUUUCCUUUCAUCGAUUAUAUCACAUGACUAAAAAUCAAGUAAAGCAACACCCUUUACACUUAAAUCCUGAGUUUCAAAUGCUCUAUGGUGGAGUGAACUAAAUCCCAGAUCCAAUAAGGAUUAUCAAAGGAUAUGGCAACUCUGACAUCUCCUAUUCUUGCAUGUGCUACUCCAACAUUACAGCAUUUCAAAAUCCGUUGAGUCCGGAUGAGCUAAUAGGCAUGAAGGUAUAGGAGUAAACUUAAGCAUAUGCCUCAAUCCUCUAUCAGGGGAAUAUCUUAAGCCAGUCAUUUUUAUACUCAUACAUAAUUAAGGAAAAAACAAAUGCAGUCUAUCCAUGUUUGAAUAGAGGAUAGGGAAUCUAUAAUUAUGACCCUGAGAAGAGAGAAUGGUUCGUUGAAGUUAGACAUAACUUUAAUAAAAAGUAACCAUACAGAGAAUAUUCACAGUCAUUCACUUAACCUUAUUUGCUAUUUACAGACAAAAAAAUUGGAUUAUCUUUGGUACUUCCAAUUGUGGAUGAAAAUCUAGAAUUGAUAGGUGGAGUAGGAACAAAUUUCUUGGGAGCAGAAAUAGUGUAAACUAUGAAGUCCUAAGAAUUUGGGUUUCAAAUUAUUUAUCUAGUAUCUGCUUCAGGAAUUAUGAUCAUGCAUCCCUAUUAAGUUAGUGUUGAAUAACUCCCUUUAUACAUUUAUAAUUAAUCAAUCACAGGAUUUAAUAUAAGUGAUUGGGAAAAAAUGAAUACAUAAUAGUAAAAUAAUUCAUCCACUUGCCCAUAUCUAAACAAACAUUCAUUAUCUUUGAAUUGUCUCUAUAAUACUCUGUAUUAAUAAGAAAUGAUAAUAGCAAUAUAGGACAUUCCUGAAUAUUCAAUGAAGUUAAUCAUGUUAUUGAGUAGUUAGGAGUACUUUUAGUUUUAUCAGCAUUUCCAAGAAGAUCUGGAAACCAAUUUGGUAAAUCAACUUUGGCUUCAGAUUUCCAUAUUACUAGGCUUUUUUUUAUUUAUUUGCAGUCUCUUAUACAUAUUCACUUAUACUUUAUUUUAUCCAAUUCAGCAAAUCUAAGCCUUAACGAUAAAUAGGAUAUUUUCUAAAAAUAAAAAGAAAUUGUAGAUGCCGUUAUAUGCCAAUAAAUUUAUGAGCAAACAAAUUGCCUUAUUGUGUAAGUCAUUCUAGUUUGUGUAAGACCAAUUAGAACAGUUAUCAUUUAAUAAAACCAAAUCAUGCAGAGAUCUUGAGCACUAUCAAUAUCCUCAAAAAAAGUUUUCUUUAAAAAAAUACAUCAAAAAAGAAUAUGGAGACUUAAAUAAAGAAUAAAAACAUGAUACUGUUGAACCAUUAACUUAAGAAAAAAUCAUUAUGUAUCUCAAAAUCUCCUCAAAGUAUUCUGGGUGA